GGUUGCUUAGAUUGAUUCGGUGAUCGAACAGAAAGAGAGAGACAGAGAGAGGGUGGUGAUUUGGUUGGUGCAAUUUUCACACGUCGUUUCGGGAAAGAGAAAGUGAUUCGGCAAAGAAGGAUAAAACAACAGAGGAAUUGAUUUUGUCUGUGGUGUUGUGAGUCAGUGAAAGUGUUGUUUAAAAUACUUGAAAAAAAGGAAUUGAACACAGCAUCAUCAAUGGAAAUUAUCUACAAGAUAAGCGCCAAGCGCGGGAGCAAAAAACCAUCACAACAAAGCGGAGAUGACCUACCCGCAGUACCCGGUGCUGUUUCCGUACGACCGAUGUCACUGUCACUGCUGGUGGUGACGAUGACGAUGCUGAUCUGCAUACUAGCCUCCGUGACGCAGGUUUCGGCCAGACCAUCAGACGCCGUGAGCGCAGCAGCGGCAGUGCCCAGCUUGCCAGCCGCCGAUCAUAGUAGUCCAGCCAAGCUUCAGCGCCGCGAUCGACGCUCGGCCGAAGAUGAACACUAUAACGGCGACGAUUACUACGAUGAAGACUAUCUACGCGUCAAGCGUUGCUAUGAAGAUGAGGAUGUCAACGAACUAUGCCAACGCUGCUCCAAGGUGACAAAGUCGGCACUCGUAUUUCCGAUGUGCUGCAGUAACGAGGACGAAACGAUGGACUGGUGCAAGGCGUACGUUUAUUACGGUAUACAGAAUUAAGCCCCGCGUUAUCAACUCCGGGCGGCUACAUCGCGACGCACGUUACUCGGAAGUGCAAGCUCCACUUAAUCCGCAUUAGUGUGGAACCAUAUAGGCGUUAGGAAGCGCGUGACCGCGACCCUUAUUUAUUAUGUGCAAGUGUCCUUUUUCAUUGUCAUCCUGUUUUCGUGUCUCAUCGUCGUAAUUUAUUGAGCCAUAAUUACUUAAUCGUUGUGUUGUACAGAGCGUCACCGCAGGUAUAGAUUUUUGCAGAGCAAACUAGUUGGGAUCUCCCUUAUAAUCAAUCUACUAUGAUAGCAUUUAUAUAUUCACACUUAUAGACCCUAAAAGUUAUCAGAUCCCACCUUUUCCGAGCACAGAAAUCUACGCUUGUGGUGGCGCUGAUCAUACAGUUUGAGAUAAAAAGACUGCUUGUAAUUCCAUUCAAAUUAUAUAGAUAAUACAAGUUAUAAUGUA